AUGACGGAUCAAGGCCUUGACGUGCGAAACUCGACCCUGUCUGCCCUCAAAAUCUCCUGUCCUUCUGCCGAAGUCCUCGAUUCUCCCUUCCAUUCCGACCGAAUGGGGCCUAAUCCUUUCCUCGAUGCCGACACAGAAUGGUCUGAUGAAGAGGAAUUGAUACCCAAGAGUCGCCGGAAGACCCAGUACGUCCCUCCCAAUGGCAGCGCACCCAGUAGGGCUGCUGCUGUAGCUGCGGCAGAACACUGGCCGCAAUCCUCAUCAUCAGAAAAUUCCCCCAGCCCCAAUCGGAAUUCGGGACGUCCCCUCAAUGGCUCCCCGCUCAUCCCACCAAAGUCUCCAUCGCGGCCGGACAUCAGACCGGGUAGCAGCCAGGACGAUCUUGUGGAACGAUUCUACCAGGUCACAAGAGAGCGUGAUGCUCUCCGGAAACAGCUCCAGAGAAAAUCAAUGGGUGCGCAUGGAAUACCGCGGGAGCAGUCAGUGAUAUACAAAUCGGAUGAGAAGAGCCUCAUUGAGGAGCUACAGGCUCUCCGUUAUGAGAUUCGUAGUUGGAGCGAGCAGUACUUCAGUGGCCCACCUUCCUCUCGAAGCCGAAGACCGCACGUCCACUCGUCCAAGGAGCUGUUUGGUACGCUCACCGACAACUACCAGACAUAUCUCAAACACUCCCAGGAUCGGCCGCUCCUCAUUCAGGCCUUCGUGUGGAGUAGGCUCCAGCAUCGCAUAUUCAGCAAUUUGUUUAAAGGUUGUGGAUAUGUUUGGGCUGGAAAGCUAGGCGAAAGGAAGCUCCGCCCAAUUAACGAUACACUGCGCAAAGCUGUAAAAAAUGAAGAAGAUGCCGAAGAAUACCAUCGGUGGAGGGCUAUGACUGUCAACCUCCUUGUUCCACAAGUAGACGGCAAAUGGAGGCCCACGUUCGACGCCGCGCCUGUGCUCAAGCGAAUAUCCCGGUUCUGCAGUAGACUGCGGAGGAAGCUGCGACCAUUUGCCACUCAGAGCUUAAGGCACGGGAAAGAUCAACUUCGCACAAUAGUCUCUGCAGCGGUCGCUCUGGACCUAAAGAUGAAACGGCAAAGGGCAGAUUACCGCUUCGUCACUUUUACAGGUGGCAAGUCGGGUGAGCUCUUCGGCUAUGGCUUCUACGACUCCGAGAUGGAGGACAUUGAAGAGGACAAUGAUAAGCCUAGGAGAGUCGAGCUCUCGCUGGCGCCGGCCCUAGAAAGAUGUGGGAAUGCCAACGGUUACGUGUUCGACCAAAAUUUCAUACUCGUCAAAGCGGACGUGAGCUGUAAGCGGCUCGAGAAAAAGCGGCCUCCUAGGAAACCUCGAGAAAAUGGGUAUAGAGCGGGAAUGCGGACUCUUUCGAACUUAUGGAACUAUUAG